CCACCGCGCGCCCUUGGGGCCACUGCGCGUCUAAUAAAACGCCCUCAGGUACAUCUGCUUAGCAAUCUGCAAAUCCUCCUCCAAAGCGCGAGCCCGCAAAGCCAAGCCUUCCCUCCAGCCUCCGCCCACUCGCAUCCGCAGGGAGCACGCCGCCGUCUGAUUGGCUCGGGAUGAGGCAAGCGUAGGGAGGGGGCAGGGGGGUGACAAUGUCAUCAUUUCUGCUUAAAAACGAGUGCAGCUAUGCUUCAGUCAUGACAAGCAUCUGAUGUAAAGGGGUGGAAAAGAAGAAGAAGAAGAAGAGCACUACAAUCUUUCCCCCCUCCCUCCCUCACGCGCUCUCUCUCUCUUCCACUCCCACACGAGCUGACUCACUACCACCCAAAACAAAAGCAGCCUGCCUGGGAGCUCCAGGGGAGAACAAGUGCCUUCCUCGCGCAAAAUCGCAGAACAGAGAUGCCGAGGGGAUUUCUGGUGAAGAGGAACAAGAAAGCGACGCCCGUGUCGUACCGGAUACGCACAGAUGAAGAGAAUGAAGAAGUGCCUGGCGCGCGAUGCAGCCCGGGACGCACCGAUGCAUCCUCCUCAGCAUCAUCAUCAGCAUCAGCACCAGCAUCAUCAGCAGCACCAGCAUCAGUACCAGCGCCACUGUUAUCAUCAUCCUUACCAUCCUCAUCCUCCACUCUGGCUAUGAGGGGGGAAUGCAAGCCGGUGCAGUUCGGAGACCCCGAAGCGGUGUGCCUCUCGCUCUACAGCCCCACGCGUCCCGUCAGCAAGGAGCACGAGCGCGCCGGCUUGGAGAAGCGCUUCAGCCUCGGCUCGCCCAUUUCAGCCGAGUCUUUCCCGAGCCCGGCCGCCCUGCACAGCCUGGACCAGCUGCUUCUCGCCCCCGUGGACCUAAAGAUCGGCACGAGUAACAGCAACCGAGGCGCAAAUGCGCCUGGGAACGGGAGCGCGCCUGGAGUCAGGAGCGCGCCUGGAAUCAGGAACGCGCCUGGAGUCAGGAGCGCGCCUGGAAACGCACCCAAAAGAUCGUCCUCCUCUUCUUCAUCUUCCUCGUCCGAGGCCGAGCGCAAAAACAAGCCCAAGCGUCCCAAGGCCAUAAGGAAGCUGCAGUUCGAGGACGAGGUCACCACCUCUCCAGUCCUGGGCCUCAGGAUCAAGGAGGCUCCCGAGGGGCACGACGAGGGACGCGCGGUGCAGCAGAAGCAGCCGCUGGGCGAGUUCGUGUGCCAGCUGUGCCGCGAGGCGUACGCGGACCCAUUCGCGCUGGCGCAGCACCGCUGCUCCAGGAUCGUGCGCGUGGAGUACAGGUGUCCUGAGUGCGAGAAGGUGUUCAGCUGCCCCGCUAACCUCGCCUCGCACCGGCGCUGGCACAAGCCCAAGCCACCGAGCGCCGGACAGGGGCAAGAGCAAGGAGGCCACGUGGGACAGGGCAGCAAGACGAGCAGCUCCGAGAGCGACCGGGACACCGUCAGCCCGGGUCUGUCCGAGUCCGGCUCCGAGGAGGACGGCGCAUGCGAGUGCCAGCACUGCGGGAGGCGCUUCAAGAGGCACGCGUACCUGAGGAAGCACGUGCUCGCGCACCACAGCCACCAGACCCACCAGAACCACCAGGACCACCGGAUGGAGGAAGACGGGAAGGUCGAGAAAGACCCCCUCCAGCCUCAGCAUCAUCAACAGCAUCAGGACCAACUUCAAGCCCAGCCCCCUCUCAAUCUCAGCGCGCAGGAGGUCCACAUAUGUCCCAUCUGCGGCGAGUCUCUCCCAAACCGCGCCAGCCAAGAGAGGCACGCUCGCCUCCGGCACGCCUCGCGGGCUUUUCCAUGCAAGCACUGUCCGGCCGUCUUCUACAGCUCCCCCGCGCUCACGCGCCACACCAACAAGUGCCACCCGUCGGAGAACAGGCAGGUGAUUCUGCUCCAGGUGCCCGUGCGCCCGGCCUGCUGAAGCGCAGCACGCUCCACAUCCACCAAUCACAAUCUCGCAAGGCUUCAUCGCCUAAAAAGAGGCUCUUUUAAAAUAAACAAACAAGAAAACAUGAAAACAACCCUUUUACGCAGGAUCGUGCGCAUUUUACGCACGCCGGACACGCCUGCGUAAAGAGACACACACACAGAAACCACAGAGACGCGCGAGUUUCACUUUUACGCGCGUCUCCAUCCACGCGCCACUUUAACUUGCAUCGUGAACGCGCGUUAAUCGUCAAACAGGACACUACAGACUCCAGACCCUGCACUCCUGUACGAAGUGAAGAGUUGAAAAGCACUGUUUAGACUGUUAAAUUAUUUUUCUAGGAUUCUUCUGCAGUAGCUUCUAGACCUAAGAAGACCUGUGUGCCAAUACAGCAAGAUGCCUUCAGUCCACAGGCCUAUCCACUUAUAUAUACACACACACACACACACUCACACACACACACAUUUAUAUACACACCUUUAGCUUUAAUAGAGCUUGUGAAUCUGUGGACUUUUUUGGACUCUAGCUUUUUCACUCCCACCUUAAAAAAAGGGGAUCCGACCUUUCCUUAUUUCCUAGUGUAGCCAGAAAUGCCUUGAAAUGAUAGCUCUUUUUUCCACAGAGGCUCCGCUGUAAACCUGCCUUAAUCAUGUACUACGUUGGGCUGAGUGAAUGUCUUAUUUAUUACCUUAAAAGUGUGUUGAAACUGUGUGCUUAUUAUUUUUAUAUCGAUCCAAGGUGUAUACGUUCACACUGGCUUUUAAUUAAUCGAUCAUGUAUUUAUUUAUUGCAAAUGUUUUAUUUAAAUUAUUCUGUCGGCGUGGUCAGUGUGUGGGUUAGGGCUGGGUGAGUUUUGAAGCAGCCAAAAGUUUGAUUUGAGUGGUGUGUCCGUAUAGCCUAGGAGUCAACAGGACAAGCUGUCUCACUGCUUUUAGAUUUACAAUCAUUAGCCUAUUCCCUAUAGGCCAAUUAGUUUUUUAAGAUCAUUACAGUGCUUGUGUGUCUCUCCAGUAUUGCUAUAUGUCCAAAUAUGAAUAAUAAUGAUGAUGAUAAUAAACAAUCCAAAAACUCUUAAA